UGGUGUUUGAUGAUGUGUUUCAAUUUUGGUUGUAAAAUGAACAAAAAUUAAUUCAUUUUAAGAAAUUGUAACAUGUUUAAGUCGUUUUAUUUAAGUUAAUUUCAUUUAGGAGAGUAAUAUGAAUUUCAAUGCAUCGAGAAAUGUGAGUGCGGGUGGAGGACCGCGUAAGGCGAAACGCGUGAGUGAUGUUUCGGUGAUGGGCUCGCCGGCGCCGGCGUUCCCGGCCGCGCCGCAGUUCAACCCGGGCUACCCGCCCAUGGGCCCGCCGCCCGCCUACACGCCCAACAACCAGUUCCAGCAGGGCAUCCAGCUGGAACCUGGACAGGAAUUCGGAUCUGCAGACCCUGCCGCCAACUUUGGCUACAUGGGAGGAUACAAUCAAGUGCCAAUGGCCUCUCCGGCUCAACUCGGCUCUAUGCUACAACAACCAAUUGUACAGGACAUGGCGCUGCAGUACGGCAACCAGCUGGCGGAGCAGGGCAAGGCGGCGGUGCAGCAGCAGCUCGGCCGCCUGGUCCCCGUCACCCGCCUGCGAUACUACUUCGCCGUCGACACGCGCUACGUGCUCCGGAAAAUCAUGCUCAUACUCUUCCCCUUCACACAUAAGGAUUGGAUGGUGAAGUACGACCAGGACAGCCCGGUGCAGCCGCGCUACGAUAUCAACGCCCCCGACCUCUACAUCCCCUGCAUGAGCUACGUCACAUACGUACUGCUCGCCGGCUUCAUGCUCGGGCUGCAGCACCGCUUCACGCCGGAGCAGAUCAGCAUGGCGGCGUCGGGCGCGCUGGCGUACAUAAUAUUCGAGAUGGCGGUGUACCUGGUGACGCUGUACGUGACGGGCGCGGGCGCGGCGCUGCGCACGCUCGACCUGCUGGCGCUGGCCGGCCUCAAGUACACGAGCAUGAUCGGCGCGCUGCUCGGCGCGCUCGCGCUCGGCCCGCCCGGCUACUACGCCGCGCUCGCCUACCUCAGCCUCGCGCUCUCCUACUUCCUGGUGAAAACCCUCCGGCUGCAGCUGCUGGCGGGGUCGCAGACGUCGGACAAGCCGGCGUACGGCUACGACCAGAGCUACCCUGCAAACCCGUACGCCACCGGCUGGCAGGCGGGCGGCGGCGGCAGCAGUGGUGGCGGCGGCGGCACCAAGCGGCGCGUGUACUUCCUGCUGUUCGUGGCGGUGACGCAGCCGCUGCUGUCGUGGUGGCUGACCUACCACCUCGUGCCGGCCUCCGCGCCCCUCGCCCCGCCCCCCGCGCGAUAGCACCCCGCGCCCGCGCCGCGCGCUCCGCUCUCAAUAUUUGUAUCGCUGCGUGUGCCAAAUACUCGUGAACGUCGAUUCACUAACAAAAUUAUAGUGUUGUUGCAUUUAAAAUUUUAUUGCCAGUGCUCGGGAAACUGUUUAAAGUCGGUUAGAUGCAGCGGUCGUACAAAUAUUGAAUGCGUUUAGUACUAACUAAACUAAAUCUCUCGCUACUCGUAAGCUAUAAUAAAAAUUUAUAGAGUUAGCUGUGAUGCGGGUUUAAGCUUCGCGUACUCUGCGACAGGGCUCAGUGGGGUGGGCCGCAUCUUUCAUACGAGUUUUAUAA